AUGAUGAAAGUGUCAUCGCCGCGCCACAAUUCUAAUCAAAUAAUUUACAUUCCUCAUCAUGCAGUCAUACGUGAACACAGUGCCACGACCCAUCUGCGUGUCGUGUUCAAUGCCUCCUCGCCUACGUCAAAUGGUUUGUCGCUUAACGAUCAUCUCAUGAUCGGUCCGAAGUUACAAACCGAUUUGCCAUCGAUCCUCACGCGCUGGCGACAGUUUCGCUAUGUCUAUACUGCAGAUAUUGCAAAAAUGUAUAGGCAAAUUUUAGUUGAUCAACGCGACACCGACUAUCAACGGAUUCUUUGGCGAUCCGAUGUCGACGCUCCGAUAGAAGACUAUCAAUUGCAAACCGUGACUUACGGUACAGCAAGCGCACCUUACUUGGCCAUCCGAGUUUUAAACCAACUCGCUCUCGAUGACGGCCAUGACUUUCCCGCCGCAGUACCAGUCCUUCAACAGCAUACUUAUGUUGAUGAUUGUGUUUUCGGCGCAGACGAUAUACCGCUCGCUCGUAAGACAAAGGAUCAGCUUGUAUCCUUACUCAAUAGAGCAGGCUUUCAACUUCGCAAGUGGGCAAGCAACAAUCAGUCGUUGCUUGCUGAUAUCGAUCCUCAUGAUCAUGGUCUGGCGCAAGCCAAGACCCUGCAAACGGACGAUUCUCUAAAGGUCUUGGGUCUCAAAUGGAACCCAUACGUUGACGCGUUUCAGUUUGAAAUAUCGCUGUCGACCGAGGUUCCUGCAACAAAACGCGCCGUUUUAGCGACCAUCGCUACCAUCUUUGAUCCACUUGGGUGGUUAACACCCGUCGUAAUAACAGCGAAGAUCUUUAUGCAAAAACUGUGGACGGCGCGAUGUGAGUGGGACGCCGUACUUCCCCAUGAAUUGUUCGCUGCUUGGCGUAGCUACUACGCGCACCUAUCGACUCUGCGCGAGAUUUUAAUUCCGCGAUGGAACGGGUAUGGGUCCGACACGGUUUCAGCGGAAAUUCAUGGAUUCGCAGACGCGUCUACUGCCGCGUAUGGAGCCGUCGUUUAUUUAAAACUGACCAAACGUAACGGAUCAGUCAAAAUCACGUUGAUGAGCGCGAAAUCUAAAGUCGCCCCGCUUAAACCCCUCACGGUUCCGCGGUUGGAAUUAUCCGCGACGGUGUUAUUAGCUCGCCUCAUUGCAUUCGUGCGAACUCUGAUCCAUAUCCCUUCAAUGAUUUGUCACUGUUGGACAGAUUCCACGGUAGUACUAGCAUGGCUCAAGCAAUCUCCCGCUCGAUGGAAAAUUUUCGUGGCCAAUAGGGUCCACGAGGUUCAAAGUCAAGUUCCAGACGCGAUAUGGCACCACGUUCCAUCACCGCAAAACCCUGCCGAUCUCGCUUCACGAGGCGUCCAGCCGGCCGACCUAAAGGAGCAUUUAUUAUGGUGGCAAGGCCCCGCGUGGCUUCAGUUACCCUCGACUCAAUGGCCGGAGGGAAGUGAAUCUGUCACAACAGAGUCGCUUACGGAGGCUCGCGCUCAUGUACAUAUCGCUCAAACCCCCAACGAAUGGGAAUUAAUGACGCGGUUUUCGUCAUGGACAAAAUUAUUGCGAGUGACCGCAUAUAUACGGCGAUUCACGCAACGUCUUCGAUAUCGCCGGUCACAGCCAUUGGCGAGCCCUAACGCUCCGGUGAACAUCACCAAACUAUCGCUGUCGCUAGCACCGGAUGAGAUUGAUUCCGCGCGAAAAUUUUGGUUGAAGUCCAUUCAACAACAACUGUUCUCGACAGAGCUGUUACGUUUAAAGGAUGGUAAGUCCGUGCAAAAGGGCAGCAAACUAGCCUCCUUAAAUCCGUUCCUCGACAACGACGAUUUAAUUCGAGUCGGAGGCCGACUCCGUCAUUCCGAACUCGCCGAAAAAACGAAACAUCCAAUUGUACUCGCAUCGCAUUCAUUAGUCUCAUCUCUUAUACGUCACAUUCAUCUACAUGCUCUGCACGCCGGAUCGCGCUUGACGUUGUCAAUUCUUCGCGAAGACUUCUGGUUAAUCCGCGCUCGCCAAACCAUACGGUCAGUUCUUUACCAUUGCAUCGCCUGCACUCGUGAAAACGCAAAAAUCAUUCCUGAGUUGAUGGGCGAUCUUCCGGAUUAUCGAGUUCGCCCUGUUGCUCGCGGGUUUUCUCACUGCGGAAUCGAUUAUGCCGGACCAAUUAAAGUGCGAACGACACCGGGACGGGGACACAAGUCGCAAAAGGCAUAUAUCGCCAUAUUUAUCUGCAUGACUGUUAAAGCGACUCAUCUGGAACUAGUAGGUGAUUUGUCAACGCCGUCUUUCUUGGCUGCUUUCGAUCGGUUCUGUGCUCGUCGAGGUGUUCCAACCGCGAUGUAUUCGGACAACGCAACUAAUUUUCAGGGAGCUCAACGCGAACUAGCUACUGCUUGGCAUACGGCUACUCACGAUUCGAAUAUUUUAAACAACCUCGCGGAGAAAGGCAUCAGUUGGAGAUUCAUUCCUCCGUCCUCUCCACAUUUCGGUGGAUUAUGGGAGGCCUGCGUUCGGAGCGUUAAGUUUCAUCUAAAGCGCGUCAUCGGUGCUCACACGCUCACAAUCGAAGAGAUGAGCACCUUAUUAUGUAAAGUCGAAGCGUGUCUAAAUUCGCGGCCUCUCGGGCAGAUGUCGGAUAAUUACGAUGAUUAUCACGCUCUUACUCCGAGCCACUUUCUCAUUGGAUCCUCGAUGCUAACGAUACCAGAAACGUCUCUACUCGACGAAAAGGAAACGCGUCUUACCCGAUGGCAGCUCAUUCGUCAAAUGCGCGAUAGUUUAUGGAAGCAAUGGUCACAGGACUAUCUGCACACGUUGCAACAACGGCCUAAGUGGCGUGAAAGGCAGAGUUUAGCCCGGGUAGGGCGCUUAGUACUAUUGCGAAAUCCGCUAGCGCCUCCCUGCGCUUGGGAACUUGGGAGGAUCGUGGAAUGCCAUCCGGGAGACGAUGGCUUAGUCCGGGUCGUUACUGUCAAGACAGCCCGCUCAAAGUACAAGCGAGCCGUCACAAAAUUAUGUUUUCUACCGAUUGACGUGAAUCUAACCCAUGACGCUGCGGAUGACAUUCCACGAGCCAUCUCUGCUGAUACGUCUAAAAAUUAA